AUGGAUAACCUUCACUUGAGUGUCAUAGCUGUGGUCCUUUACUUUAAUCUUCCUGGAUCAGUGGGAACCAAGUCACAGCGGAUUCUUCUUGAUACACGUCACCGUUCAGACUGCCGGUGGGAUGGGGAGUUCUCACUGAAUUGUUCUUUUACCGGAAUAUCUGCUGUUCCAGAAGAUGUAUCACAAACAGCAACAACAGCUGAUUUUAGUGGCAAUAAUAUUAAAACUUUUGACGGAAGAAACGAAGAAUGGAUGCUAAAACACCUGAAUCUUAGCAACAACCUGAUUUCUGAACUCUCCUUAGCUACUUUUAGAAAUCUACCCGUUUUAGAAACUCUGAACCUCAAUGAUAACGCCAUCCACACCCUCACGCUGGACAUACCUACACCUGCGCAUGGCUCUAAAAAGUAUGGAAAAUGCUGUCGUCUCCUGCCUGCUUUGAAAGUACUGUCAGUUGAAAGAAAUAAUCUUAAUACAGUUCCAAGAGGACUAGGCCUGCUGCAAUCUUUACAAACUGUCCGUUUGUCAUCCAAUGGCAUACGACAGAUUGGUAUGAAUGAUUUUCAAAACUGUUCACAGCUGAAGGACAUCGACUUGCAAAACAACAAGAUAACUAAAAUUCAUCCAGACGCCUUCAGGGAUCUCAACAAAUUACAGGUCGUGGAUCUCCGUGAAAAUGCUCUGACAACCCCUUUACCACAGAUAUUAAUCAGUAUGAACUUCUUUCAGCUUGAAGUGGGUUUGUCAAAUAACGCCUGGAUCUUUAACUGCAGACUAAAUGCUUUCAAACAUUUAUUUAAUUUUCUUUUUGACUCCACGAAGAAAAAAUGGAGUAUUUCAUACAAGAAAUCUGCCAACAACUCACAGAAACCUCUGCUGUAUCUUUCAAGUUUCCAUUUAAACUGCAGCAACAGCGUUUUGCUCAAGAGGGCUGUAAUCCCAGCAGGGAAGACAUUGGUGCUAAACUGUGACGUGGACAACACAAGAGGUAAUGGAGUCUCUUGGUGGACACCUAAAGGCAGAAUUUCAAAAGAUAACAGUCUUCCUCAUAUGACACUGGAUAAAAUGAAUAACUUAGUGAUACACAAUGCUGAGAAAACUGCUGGAGGGUUAUAUUUGUGUAUUUUUAAUACAACAAAGAAGAAAUAUCUCAUCUACAACAUACAGGUGAAAGAAAGGGUAUCAACAUCUCUGGUUAGAAAAGCCCGGGACACUAACACUGUUUUUAGACAAGGAAGAACAGAGCAGGACCUUACAUUAGCUGUCUGCCUCUCGGUGCUCAUUACGUUUGUUUGUGCUUUUUGUCUGGGUGCUUUUGCUAGACCCUACCUUGUGAGCCUGUGGAGACUCAUGUGCAAGAACAAAAAUUCAGGUUCAGAACAUACUUAUUCUAAUCAAGCUUUUUCAGAUGAAACCUUGAGCAGAGAGUGCUCUGCAAGCAAACCAACAAAUACGCAGCAUAAUUUGUUCAUUUGUGAUGAGAAUUCUUCAAGAAACACAUGCGUUUUUCCUACAGAAACUUCUACUUCACAUGAAAAUGUCAUUGGUAGCAGUGUACAUGCACCAAAUACUGAAGAAGAGUACCAGAAACAAAGCAAUAAUGAGAUUAAUGUGAAGAAAACAACAGUGUUUUCAGGCAUCAAAACUAGUAUCGGCAAUGAUAGAAACGUAAGUGUUGAUGAUAAUGGACUAUUUUCAGUAGGGACAGAUUACAAUAACAGCAAUGAAGUAAAGCCAAGAAAAUUAAUGAGUAAUAACAUUUCAUUACGGAAACAUUCAAAAUACACAAAUAAAGACUCAGACAAGAGCAGGUUCCCUCCCGUAGCCAGGAGAUCGAAUGCUGACUCUUACUCAAAUCACACUGACUCUUCGGAUUCGGAUUUAUCCUUCACGGGAGAAACUGGCUUUCCGUUUUCCACAAUACAAACACAUACAGUUGAACAAGAUUCUAGGAACAGCAAGGUAAGCAACAACUCUGGUCUGCUGCAGUCUGAAAUCGCGAAGGCUACACCAGAUUCUCCCGAAAGAAAAGAUAUCAUUUCACAUAAUGAACCCAUGAGCACUACAAAAUUUCUGCCUGGAAGGCAAAGCUGCGAUGAACAACUUGGUCUAAACAGCAACAUAAAUACAACCAGUGAUGUGGGAGAUUUUAUUUUACCCAGUAGCUGCAAGAGAGAUACAAAUAUUGAGAAUUUAAGUGCCUACCAAGCAAUAGAAAACUCUCCUCUUACAGAGUAUGACUGUAAAACGGAGUGUACAAAUAAAAAAGAUGCUUCAGCAGAUAUAUGUGUUGAUAGUUCUUCAGAUGAAGGGACUCCAUUCACAAUGAGUACCAUCACGCCUGAAACAGCAUCACCUUACGCUGAUAAAUUUGGUGACCAUGCAAGCAUGACAGAUUCAGACACAGUUAGUUCUUCAAGUCAAGAAGUUCCUGAUACGUUUGAUUAUUUUCCUAAUGCAGAGUCAACAGCACAAAACUCUAUUUCUGAUUCUCUCCACAAUCAAAGUACAGAUUUUGGCUAUACGUUACUUUCAUUAAAACAUUCUCCCACGUAUGACACAGAUGCAGAAAAUACUCCUGAAGAGGCUGAACUGCAGCUGUAUCGGUUUCCCAUCGAACCACAGCAUUCCCUCAGCUUCAGUCCCACUGAACAAAAAGAAAAUGCACCAGAUGGAAGUGCAGAUGAGCACAUAGGUAGCAACUCCUCCAAGAAGAAUCAUGGUGAAGGGGACACUGCCUUAAGAAGAAACAUGAGUACAUCUGAGGACAAUGAUUUUAUUUUUGCUCCCAUUGAUAUUGAUUUGAAUGAAAUUAUUAGAACAUCGCUACCGCAUUCCAGCAGCGAAUCAUCUCUUCAAUCUCUGCCUGAACACACAGCUGAAAAACAUUUUACAGUUAUUACAGAGAAAGACAACUUGCUACCACAGGGGACGCAGCUGAACACAACUAAGGCUUGUGCAGAUAAAAUGCAAAGAGGUUUUAAUGAGAAAGACUGUGAUGAAUACACAGAAUUACAGGAUACCAACAACUGUAGCCUCCCCAAAGAAACACAGUCUUGCAAUCUUACGGCAGAUUUGCUGCAUCUUCACUCCUCUGGGAAAACACUAUCAGUCUUCAACACAGAGGAUCAUUUCCAACUGGAUCAGAGUGACAAGGAUGCAUAUUCCUUCUCAGUCCCACAAGACUUCUUCAGUGAAAGCACACGAUACAGUUUAUGUUCAUUCCCACAAAAGACUACAGGAAAUAAAAUUUCCGAAAGCACUGAUUCCAGCAAGGCGGAAGAGGACACUACUUUGGCAGGACUGGAGAACAAUCCUACAACAGUUGUUGACCUCCAAAAUUCAAGUGAAAACUUCAGUCAAAAGAGUCAGACCAAUUUAGGAAAGGGCCAGGUUUUUGUUAAGAAGAAAAGAGCGUUUGAUGGAUUUGUUAAUGUUUUGCAAAGCAGGAGAACAAACUUCAAUAGUUGA